CCCGUUGUUUUCAACAGGUAAUGUUAUAUAUAAUGUAAUAUUAAUCAUAAGCCCAAAAAUGUCAAGAACUGCACAUCUUGAUUUGACACCAUCAAGGAGAAGUAAGCGUCUUCUGCAGAAUGGAUAUUACUUGCAGCCACCUGGAGACCCGCUUCCUCCGCAAGAAAUGAGCAGUGAAGAAGAAGAUGACAAUGCAUCAAUACAUUCAAAUAAUUCAUCAGUUUAUUCGGAACGACAAGUUCACUACGCAGAAAGUACAACUCCGAUUUUUACCCACAAAAGAAGGAGGCGUAAGGGUUUAGAAAGUCCAAGAAUCGGUAAUUUGCUUGUGCAGAAGAAAUCCCAAUCUCCUCGUAUAAAAAAGAAAUUUCGGAGGGAAGCAACACAUGCAGAGAGUACAUCACGUAGUACCCCCUAUCUUGCAUUAUCUAAGCGAGAUGAUGUUGCAACUACUUCUACUACUACAACGUCUAAUCAUAUUCACGCAGCGACAAGAGAAACAAAAACAAUGAUCCAUUCAGUACAAAGAACUCAAAGAUAUGCUAGUCGUGGAGAAUCAGAUGCUGUUGUUCAGUCAUCUCGAGCGACACAACAAGAAUCUAUAUCUGAUACUGCCGUAAAUAACGAUAUUCUAAAUGAAUUAAUUCGCAAUUCUAUAAUGUCGAGGAAUCAAUCAGAGUACAAUGCGAUUGGCAGUGGUGAUCAGAUGUCAACAGCAAGUUAUAUGCGAAGAAGAGAAGGAAUGACUUCUACUCCGAUUAACAAUGCUAGGAAUGUCAGUGAAAGAGGAGAUGCAUCGUCUAAUAAAAUAAAUGAAAGUCAUAUUUCACAAUAUUCUUCCAUUGAAUCAGAUGCAGAAGAUGAUGGUAUACAGAGAAAGAAAUAUGUUUCUCCAGUUGCAAUCGCUUUGGCAAAAGUUGUCAGUAUGUUGGUACUUGCUACAACAUGGAUUAGUACUUGUAUUGGUCAUAUCUGCAGAACAAUAUACAUGACCUCUUUAUCAAUUGCUUGCUUUGAUGUAUGGUUACUAUCUCGAAGGACCAGCCCUUUAUUAGCAAAAGUUAUCCGUGCAAUUUUAAUAUUGUUGCUCCUUCUCUUACUUUACCUCAUUGCAACAAGAGUACUGGGUGAGGAGACAUUGCUUGUACCCGUGCAGUCUGUUGCUGGAUUGUUUCAAAUUUUGUCACAGAAGAUUAGUGCAGUUUACGUUCUCACUGGAAACAACGAGGGAACUAUUUACCAACCACAAGCAGUCAUAGACAAAGCACCAACAACACAAUCAGAAUCAUAUCCAAGAUCUUAUCCAGAAUUGGAAGAGACACUAAGUAAGAUGGAAAUUCAUUUUGCUGAUAAAUUAGUCCAAGUCAAAGAUGAAGUUAAAAUUAUUCGUCAAGAACAAAUUGAUUUCAACAAGAAACAAAUGGACAAGUUUGAAGCAGCACUGAGUACAUUAGAAGGGAAGUUACAGAGAGAAAUAAAUGAACAACUUAGUCAAUCUAAUACUCAAAUGGCUGAAAAAUUAGUUUUUAUAAAGAAUGAAGUCUCAACACUACGAAUGAAUCAUUCCAGCACUGGAGCAAGCAUGAAAGCUGAAAUAGACCAGCUGCGAGGAUUAUUAUCUGACAAGUCACAAAUGUCAGCAAAAUUGAGCGAAUUCAACACCAGACUUGCAGCUUUUGAUUCUAGACUCAAUAUGCUGAAUAAUUUGCUUGUCAAAUCAGUGAAAGACUUUGAUCAGCAUAUUGGAAAUACUACCUACAUAAAAGAAAUUGCUAAAAUGCAAUUCAUUGAAAGUUUCUUGAAGUUGAUCAAAACUGGAGAGGGAUCUGCUGAUGAUCGAAACAGUCUGCACUUCUUGUUUAUUGCAUGGCUGAAGAAACAAGGUUUUGCUCAAGUUGUUGAAGUAGAACGAGGCAUGAAAACAAUAUCUUCUAAUAAUAACUUCACUAUGGCAAUGUUGGAAAAGAAAUUCUCUCUUCAUCUAGAGAGAAUACGUCAAAAUACAAAACGUCAUUCUUCUACCAUUACUCUUGAGAAGAUUGUUGAAAGACCUAUGCAAUCUUCAGAUGAAUCUGGAAAAAUUGGAUCGGAAACACAAAUUAGGGAAUGGAUACAAAAUGAGCUUGCAAUUUACAGUGCUGACCGUAUAGCCCAGGCAGACCAUGCUCUAGAAACAGCAGGAGGAUUUAUUGUCAGUACAAGGUGUUCAGAAUCAUAUCAGCGUAAAACUGCACUUGUAAGCUUAUUCGGAAUUCCGAUAUAUUACAAUGUAAAUACACCAAGAUCUGUUAUUCAAGCAAGUACACUACCUGGGGAAUGCUGGUCAUUCAAGGGUUCAGAAGGAUAUAUUGUCAUAUCGUUAAGUGGUGCCGUACAACCGACAUCUUUUACUCUUGAACACAUCCCAAGAGAAUUAUCUCCUUAUGGUAAAAUCGACAGUGCACCGAAAGAUUUUCACGUUCUCGGACUGAAAGAUUCGUAUGAUUAUACUGGGGUUGUGCUGGGGAAAUACAGGUAUGAAGAAAAUGGGCCGGUCAUUCAACAAUUUACUGUUACAUCAGAGAAUGCUGAUUAUUUCACCCAUGUUGAAUUACGAGUAACAAGCAAUUGGGGCCAUCCAGAAUAUACAUGUAUAUAUAGAUUCAGAGUCCAUGGAUCUCGUCAGGGUGCUGAGGCAGCUUUACCAUAUUAAUAAACUAAUAGGUCUGGAGUAUUUGAAUAAAUGGAUUCUGUACAUGUUUUGCCUUGUAUUAUAUUUACUGUGUUUUGUUCUACGUACUCUCUAUCCAACACAUGAGACACUAAUAUUAUAUUUUAUUCCAGUAAUUUGAAUUAGAUACUGUAAAUUUUCGUACAAGAUUUUCGAGAGUCUCAAUUUGGGGUAUUUUACAACACUUCCCUGCUAUAAAUUUUCAUGGUACACAUUUUGAUGGGUUCUGCUGUGCAGUAAAAUCACAAUAUCAUCAGUUCUCGGCAAUAAAUGUGAAUUUAUGUAAAACAAUAAUGGUUACCUUAUGUGAAUUUUAAUGAUCGAAUUUUUAUGAAUAACAUCAAAUACUUUUGUCUUGACAUGGGUACAUACAUAUAAAUAUAUAAGCAUAUAGGCAAAGAAUAUCUAUGAAAUAAUUUAUAUUCACCACAAUAAAAAAGUGAGAUGCAAAUGAUAUAUUCAAUGUUGGUUUACAACAUAACUACUUCAGUAAUAAGGUGUUUAUUUGAUAGUGUAAAUUUAUAUCCAAAGUAUUUGAUUUGUCACUAGCUCGAAUAUUUAUUCGAAUAGUACACAAUCCUGCUGGGCAGUGAAAUACCAAAUUUUGUCAAAUAAAUUUAGCGUCCGAUUCAACUCUAAAACUGCAAUUUCAAUUACUAAAUUUUAAAAUCCAUAUUGACACACAAUGUAAUAGUAAUUUCAUCAUUAUAAAUGAAUAACAGAGAGCAGCUUUUUGUAGUCUUUCGUUAGUAUAUUGUACUAAUGUCAACUAAAUAUAGGCCUACUUAGUGGUAUUUUCUUUAUUGUUUUACAAUUUCAAAUUUAUAACAGCAAUGAAAACAUUCAGGGAUGAGCUAAAUAGAAUAGAAUAUUGAUGUUUGUACAUUAUUGCAUAAUGAGAUUUUGAAUAUAAAAUAGUAUGAUUUUUUUUUGCUUCAGUUGAGAUUUUCAUUCUAAUAUUUUCGCUUUUAUUUCUGAGUAGUUGUUGAUAUUCAUUCUAAUACUUUUUGCUUCUAUUUCUGAAGAAGUGUUUUCUGCUUAUACAAGUAGUAACUAUGAAGAGGUUUAAUUGAUCACAUUGAAAUAAUUAACAUCUGAACUUGUUUGUCCGUCCAGUGGUUAUGCAAAACAUUUUUCCAUUCUUAAAUUACUCCUUCUAGACUUUUCCCUCAUACAUUAAAAAUAUAGCAUUUUGGUCGCAAUUUGUAAUCACAGCAAACAAUAGCAGAGGGAUGUAUUUAUACAUCUACUUUGUUUUAAUUCCUAUAAGCACUGCCAUGAUAUUUUUGAAUUAUAUAUUUGGUACAUGUUCAGAUUACUCAUUAUUGAAUGCGCAUUUAAAUGCAAUGUCCCACAAUAUAUCCUAAUGGUCUUCAUCUUCAACUAUUUGAUUUGAGUUCAAUUCUUUAUCCUAAUUUGAUAUAAUCACUUCGAUAAAUUCAUUCCAUUGCAUUCAUUGCCGUGGAAGUCCCAUGUAUUUUAAAAUUUAUAUUUCAGAAAUAUUUCUGUGACAGAAGUACAUAUGAAAUUCAAGCUGUCACAGAUUUUUGUUUUAAUUAUUUUCUGAUAUCAAUCGGUCCUUGAAAUUUGUUGAAUUUUAAUAUAAUCUAUAAUUGCAAAUGGUCAUCUUUAGUACCGGUAUUGUACACGUUUUGCUAUCUGCCUCUAAUAUGCGUUAUACACAUUUCAAAUAAGCCUAGAUUGUUCAUUGAUGAUUUCUGCUAUAGUUUAAAACCAAUAUAUUGCGAUAUCAGUACUCUAAUAAUUUAUCAUUAUAUUAGUACAGACUGUUCCACUGCCAUAUCCUGAUUUUCUCUUUACUUCCAAUUACAACCUUACUAUUUUUAUAUUUUAGUUUGAUUUUUGGUUGUUUCGGUUAUUAUUUCAUUUGGUG